AUGGCGGAAGAGCCCGAGAAGGUGUCUUCUUCAACGUCACAGCAACCUUCCUCCUCUAUCAAUCCCAAGGGUCAUCUUGUUCCCGGAUUGAAUCAUGGAGGAGGUGGGAUCUAUGCGGUUCCUCCUGUGAAUCAUCAAUUUGGAAUUGGAGGUGGUCUUCCCUCAAACUAUCUUAAUCUUAUCCCUCUCACUUACAACAUCCCCACCACAACUAGACCAAGUAAUGAGACUGAGGCUGGAGGAGAGAACCAAGGGCAAGCCGGGCAAGGUCAGCAACAUCAACAACCUGCACAUCAAAGACAAGUGGUGGUCCGGAGAUUUGAGAUCGCCUUUCAGCUUGACAUUUUCCUUAUACUCAAGCUUGCUGCUGUCAUCUUUCUGUUCAACCAAGAUGGAUCAAGACAAAGACUCGCUGUUCUUGUGAUCUUCGCUACCAACAUUUACUUAUACCAGACUGGAGCUCUUGCACCAUUUGUGCGAUGGCUCUCACAAGGUAUGCAUAGAGCAGCAGUACCACCACCUCGACCUAAUCGACCUGCUCCGAGACCUGAUAAUGAUCCUGCAGCUGCAGUGCCACUAAAUGAAGAUGCAGUUCCCGGUAAUAGAUUAGUUUUUUGGAAUUUCUCUCUUUCCAAUGGUAUUAUCUGAAGUCAUCAGAG